AUGGAACCAAACAAUCAAAAUAACACACCCCUAUCCGCAGCGCAAAUGGUUGACCAGGAUUCUGGAAGUCCGAAUACUGAUAUUUUAAAAACUAAUUCUACCAACACUACAUUAACUUCCGCAACUCCUCGCCCCGAUUUCUCACUCUCUCAAUCCGAAGUGUCCAACAUGGUUGGUCAAAAUCAUUAUACAACCGCCACGUUAACGUCUUCGACCGCCAAUCCCGGAUCCUCAUCCUCUUCCACAGCUGCUUCCAGCAACAGCAAACCACCUUCUCAUAUUUCGUCAUUAUCAACCGCAAGAUCUAGUAAAUUGGCCUUGGACUCGCUGGUCUAUGAAGCCAUCAUACAAAAUGAUAUUCCCACUCUGUCCAAAAUACUGUCCGAUAAUCCUAAUUAUUACUUAAAUUUACCGAUCAGAAUUAGGGAAGUGAACAGAUUAAGCAGUGGCCAAGAUGAUAUUACUGGUGACAUUCGUGGAGAUGAUAAAACCCCUUUAAUGAUUGCCGCUUCUUUGGAUUAUGUUGAUGCAGUAAAGUGUUUGUUAAAAAAUCCAAAUGUUAAUAUAGAUUUACGAGAUGAACAAGGAGAAACCGCAUUAUUCCAAGCCGCGUCCGCUGGAAAUGCUGAAGUCGUAAAAGUGUUGUUAAAAAAUUACGCCAUAGUCGACCUAUCGGACAAUCAUGGUUUGUCUCCAUUAUCAAUAGCCGCUUGUAAUGGUCACACCUACGUGUGUCGAAUGCUGUUAGACCGUGGCAAGGCAAACAUAAACCAAAAAGAUGAAACGGGGAAAACGGCUCUCGCCCAUGCUGCCCAUAAGGGUCAUUCUCAAACUGUGGAAACCUUGUUAAGUAGAGGAGCGGAUUUUAACAUUACAGAUAAGUUCGGCUGGACACCACUAAUGCUAGCUGCAUACGCGGGCCAAGCAAAUAUCGUGCGUCGAUUGUUGCUAAACGGCGCUGAUCGUUCUCUGAAGACCGCUAGCGGAAAAACCGCUGUUACCUUAGCACGUGAUAACGGUUUCGUUCACGUGGCCGACAUGAUUGAAAAUUUUGCAACGAAAACCUACAAAUCCCGUACAGUAGUAAUGAAGGAGAAUGAUGAUUAUGAAAUGGAUGGUCGAGUUUCAAAUGUCGAAAAAGGAUCGGGUCUAAACGAGUUAUAUAAUCCAGAGACGAAGCGAUUAUCAUAUCGUGUAAAUGCCUCCCGGUCCUACACCAUGGAUUGGAGUCAAAGACGUCAGCACAUAAUGAGCGAGGAUAGUCGACGGGUAAGCACGAGCUCAAGGCUGAGAUUAGAGAUGGCACCACGUAAAAAGAACACUCUCUGGGUUUACAUUUCUUGGAUAGUGACAGCACCAUUUCUCGAUAGAUUUUUAAUCAGCAUUGGUGGAAUGGAUGAUGCGCGAUCACGUCAGGCAUGGAGGGAAAAGGUCACCCUUUGCUUUUUUAUAGGGUUAGCCUCGCUUUUUGUCGCGUUAAUUACCUUUGGGUUCGUUGCACUCUCAUGUAAUGAAUUACCACCUAUACCAAAUUUGGCAUUGCGGGAGAAUAGUUCAUCGGUGAUCAAUUCGCAAGUGAUGAUAGUUCGUGGGAAAAUUUAUAAUGUGGGCGACUUUUUUAAAUUGGGAUUUCAUCGUCCGUUAUUAUCAAACAAUAACGAUAGCACGCUAAGCCCUAUUAUAAAUUCUUUUCUUGGAAAAGAUGUUUCCCAAUUCUUCCCAGUGAACAAUCCGGCUAUUGGCUGCAGAUUUGCUCCGUCAAAUGAAACCAACAGUGUGCUCUGUCCAAGCCUUCCUCUGAAUGAUUCCCGUUAUCAUUGUCAUUCGUCAAAAAAUUCCGUGCGCGCGCUAGAGUCAUUGUCCACCGAUAGAUUUAUAGGUAUAUCGUGGGAUGAAAUAUCUAAUAGAACGAGUGAUCGUAAAUUAUUGGUGUUCAACAACUUUGUCUAUGACUUCGCUUCUUAUCUUGAUCCAUCCAAUACCGAUCUUUGGUUAGGAGAUGACGGAGCGGUGACAAAACUGUGGAUUCAAUCUCUCAUAGGCUUUGAUGCCACGAAAGAAAUAAGCACGACGCGUCGUUUUAAUGAUGUGGCAAAGUGCUUUGACCAUUUCCGUGUUGGUAAGGUCGAAGGGAUUGUCUAUGGAUGUGCCGCAAUGACCACGGUGGUUGUGGUAUUGACCACCGUCACUACAUUAUUCGGGAUAAUGAAAUUGUUAUCAGCUUUGAUCUUUGGCUAUUUCAUCGGCAGGAAGAUCGUCAUCGCCGAUAAGAAACCUUUUGAGGAACUCCAACGUAUAAUAGUGUUGGUACCGUGCUAUAGCGAAGGAAAAGAAGGUCUAAAGAUGAGUCUUGAUUCUCUAGCGGCCACUGACUAUUCCGACCAACACAAACUACUUUUUGUUGUCGCGGAUGGUGAUAUCACAGGUAGUGGGGAAACUAGGUCUACACCAGAAAUCCUCAAGGAUCUUAUUGUGCCGUAUGAUGAGGUCGAUCGAUUUUCCUCGAUCGAUAACACUCAGCAGAAUUCGGGUACCAAAUGGAAAGAAUCCACACCGAAAAGCUAUAUAGCGAUCGGCCCAGGAACUAAGCGACACAACAUGGCACAGGUGUAUACCGGUUAUUAUCUUUACGAAAAUCGCCGUGUACCAACCAUUCUAGUGAUUAAAUGUGGUACACCCUCGGAACAAAAAUCAUCGCCAAAACCAGGAAACCGGGGAAAACGUGAUAGUCAAUUGGUGUUAAUGAAUUUAUUAAAUAAAGCAUAUUACAACGAGCCAAUGACUGACUUGGAAUUUGAGUUGUUCGAAAAGAUUCGACUGAUAAGUGGAGUUACCGUGGAUCAAUAUGAACUGAUGUGUAUGGUGGAUGCAGAUACUGUCGUGGAGGAGCAUAGCUUGAGUAGGAUGAUAGCGUGCAUGGAUCGCGAUCCUUCGGUGAUAGGGAUUUGUGGAGAGACGAAAAUUUUAAAUAAGACUGAUAAUUGGGUUACCAUGAUUCAGGUUUUUGAAUAUUACAUCUCUCAUAAUCUCGGAAAAACCUUUGAAUCAUUGUUCGCCGGAGUCACAUGUUUACCAGGUUGCUUCUGCAUGUAUCGAGUUUACGCAUAUAAUCGUGAAGGUUUUCGCACACCAAUCCUUCUUGAUAGUGAUGUAAUGAAAAAUUAUUCCACUAACGACGUUGACACUUUCCACCAAAAAAAUCUCUUGCUUCUCGGUGAGGACCGAUACCUUACCACUCUGAUCCUUCGUGCCUUUCCCAAACGAAAAACAAUUUAUUGCCCAUCUGCCAUCUGCCUAACGGCUGUUCCUGACUCCUUCUCUGUUUUGGUGUCCCAACGUCGACGAUGGAUUAACGGGACGGUGCAUAACCUAUUGGAACUUAUUGUGGCCUCAGAGUUACCUGGAAGGUUUUGUUGUUCUAUGCAAUUUGUGGCGUUCCUCGACUUUUUUGGCACGGUGACCGCUCCAUUUGCCACCUUCUAUCUUUUCGCCCUGGUCAUUGCAGUAAUCUUUGGUCAACCGUAUGGGUUACAAGUUCUUUACUCUGCGAUUACAUACUUUGUACAAUUUGCACUGGUCAUAAUAACGGGCUAUAAACCGAUGAACAUUGUGUGGUUCCUCAUAUACGCAUUUUCGACUCCGAUAUGGUUUGCCAUGUUGCCACUAUACGCGUUUUGGAAUUUUGACGAUUUUACAUGGGGUACCACCCGAAAAAUUGAAGGUACUGAUAACGGUCACGAUGAAGAUACCAUAUUUGAUAGAUUCGACCCACGAAAGGUGGAACUUAAGAAAUGGGAUGAAUGGAUUAUCUAUCGGCAGCUCCAUAGGCUACCCAUGCUUGCCCCGUUACCACAACUCAUCAAACCUAAUGUUGAAAAUGAUCUUGCGCCAAAAAAUGAAGAGUUGGGCUUAAAAAAUGAAAUAAUAGGUGAUAACAAUGGUGAUAUAGACAACGAAAUUCAAUCGCAACCGCUGGCCACGGAAGAGAAAAUACUAAAUACCCAAGAAAUUGCCGAGAGCAAUAAUAGCUGA